AUGAAUUUUGUAGAAAAACCCCCUCAGCACGAAAUAAUUUCUCAAAUAAUCUCAUAUGAUCAUGACACGAUUGACAUUAUAUUAACACACGACAACAUUUCUCAACAGUUUUUAUUUAAUCCAUACAAUAUUAUUUCUAGAUAUCCAAGCCCAAUUAACGGCUUUAUUAUUCUUCGAAUAUUCUUGUGUGAUUCCAUUAAACUAUUACUCAGUAAAAUUCCUACCCGGUUGCCAACUAGAGAGGCUGUGUCUAAACUUGCAUCUGACCUUUGGAAGGAAGUGGAUUCUAAAUUUAAAGAAAGGAUAAAUGAAAUUAAUAAAAAAUAUCAUGAAAUGAGUAAUGCAUACUCUAUCGAACCGAGCGACUUUAUCGAUACUUUCGGUUAUAUCUCUCCAAUCGAUGCUAUCAAUGUUUCUAAUCAGAACGAAGUUAUCAAUGAUUUCGUUCCGAAUGGAUUUUCUCCUAAUUCCCUCGAGCAGAUUAUCUUUUACAAUCAAAACGAAAUUAUCAAUUACUUCGUUCCGUAUGAAUUUGCUCCCAAUUUUCUCAAUCAAACCGAAAUUAUCCAUGAUUUUGUUCC